AUGUCUGAGAAGCGAAAGGUCCCCUCCUCAGAAUUGAGCGUAUCUCCAUGCACCAAAAAGCCCCGGUCUACGGGACCCAACGAGGAGGAUGAAGCGCCGUCGCUGCUCACCCUGAUAACGCCAACCACAGCUCGUCCGCAACCCAAAAGUGACCCUAUUUACGGGCAGAAAUACGCUUUUCCUGGUCUGGACGAUCCCAUAGACGAAGACCGUUUAUUAUAUGGCCCUCCAGAGGACGGGAUCGAGUACCUCUGCAUGGUCCGAUCUGAAGCAAGAACACUACCCUCUAUAUUCGUCUCAGGCACCGUCCUUUCAGAAAAGUAUAACACAAACGAUCAAAAGAAUGACCCUGGAAAUACCACCAACUCAGGGGUUGGAAUUAGCCUAACUGGUUUCUACUCCGAUGGGGCCUACUUCGCUUCUCCCUCCCAACCACCGCAAACCACCAUCCCAGACAACGACAUCCCUGACGCAAGCAAUGUCGAUGCCCAAGAAAUAUACUAUAACCUCCUCCAUCAUCGCUUUCUCCUCCUCCGCUCAACCCUCAACUGCACUCCUCCAGCCUCCGUAAUUGCCUCGUUGGGCGCGGAGCGCCCCAUUUCCCUCCCCCGAUAUAAUAAGCGUGCCAGGGUAGAAUGGGAACAAAUUCUACAGACUAUGGAUCCGCACAUGGCACAGUUGGCAUGCAUGGAUAUGGAAAGUGUUUUGGGCCUGUUAGCAAUUGUUGCACGCUCGCUAUCUACGGCAGUUAGGAGCGGCGAGAGUGCAAGGGUGAAAAGGUUGGGUGCGUGGGCGUGGGGGCUUUUGGGCCGCUGCAGGGCUGUAGGGGAGUUGGGGAGUGAGGCGGUGAGCGAUAUCAGGGAGCUGGGGAAGAGGGCGGCAAAGAUUUUAAUGAAAGUUCGAGAGAGUGAGGAGGUGGUGCUUGAAAGUGUGGGGGAUAUGGACGACUUGAGGGAUGAAUUUGACAUGAAAGAUGAGGAAGGGGGAGAGGAAGAGGACGAAGGCGCUGAAGAAUAUAGAAAGGUAUUUGGGUGCGAGGAAGGUGGUAAAGGUCAUGGGGAUGAGGAUGGAAUAGAUGAAGAUGGGCCUGGUAUUGUGAAAAGCAGUAUUUUGAAAAACGAUGUGAAUACCUACGGAAAUAGUUUUGGCCCGAUGAUUUCCCAAGAAAAAGCGACAGAAACCGUUAUUUCUCCCACGGGAAAUAGCGACAUCCAAGACGAACUCGACGCAGCUAAAGCACGUCUCCAAGCACGACUACAAUUCCAAGAACCAUCCGAUUCCAUGGAACCUAGGGGUGACGAGGUCGAAUUAGAAGAGAACCAUGAUGGAGAAGGGGGAGAAGGGGAAGAAGGGGAAUUGGACGACAUCUAUGGAGACGACCAAUGUGAUGGUGAUGAUUCUGCCGUUGCUCAUCGAUAUACUCGUGCCAUGCUUGAUAUGAUGAUUACCGUCGUUGGAGAAUUUUACGGCCAGAAAGACCUGCUUGAAUUUCGGGAUAUAUGGGAGAAAGAUAUGAAUUUGGCCUGGUAG